ACCAGAGAUCAGUUCAUCAGCACAUAAUAAACGACAUGUCGUAACUCUGUAUGUUUCAGGGAGGUUUGCAGAUUCCCACGAAUUAUCUGAACUGGUGUACUCUGCCUCGAACCUCCUGGUGCUGUUCAACGACAGCAUCCUGCGUAAAGGCCUGCGAUGUGCCUUCCCCGUGUCUCUCUCCCAGCAGAGACUCCUCACCUGGCUCUCCGUGUUGGAGUACUUGGAGGUUUUUUUGGAGAUGGGAGCCUGUAAGCUGUGGGGCGACGCCGGCCGCUGGCUGGUCAUCGGACUCAUCCAGAUUUUUAAGGCGGUUUUUCGUCUCGUGCUUCUUCUGUGGUACAAAUCGGGCAUCCAGACUUCACCUCCCAUAAUCCCCCUGGACAGAGCAGCAGAGUUUGUUGGUGAUGAUGAUGCAGGCGGGGAGCAGCAAGGCGACACCUGCUUCGUGGGUCAGAGGUCAGGACGCGUCAUCAGACCGCUCGGCAGCGCUCCCUCCCUGCAGGCGCGGCUGUGGGGAGCUCCGAGUCAGAGGAAGAGGAGGAGCAGCUUAAACGAGGAGAAGCUCCUCAAAAAACCGACCCAGCUGGGGCUUCAGGAGACCCUCGCAGAGUCCGUGUACAUCGGACGGCCUCUCGUUCACCGUAUCCUUCCCUCAGCGUCGCUCACUCUGCAGCACCUCAGUGUGGCCUGAAGCGAGUUAUUGUGAAGGCGACCUGCGAUACUCGCGUUCACCACAGGCGGUCAGAGUGCUGCAGCCUGCAGCUGCAGGCUGCAGCUGCAGGCCUCUGAAGUCUGUAAUAUCAGCUGUAUGAGCAGUGACCCAA